AUGCUUGUGCGCUCGAAUUGUACGAUUCUUUUAUCUCCACUGGUUUCUAAAUAUUUCGCCAGAUGUUCUCUAUCAAGUCUAGUGUCAAAGUCAUGGUUGUCAUCAAUCUGCGGCAUCUCUAGUUACACUUUUCAAACUCAUUCGUGUAAUAUUUCAUAUGGAACAACCUUGAAAUUAGCUCCAGUUUUUCCUGAAUUACAUACACGAUCAUUUCAUACAUCGAGUAAACGAGACAAAAAGGAUUAUUAUGAAGUAUUAGGUAUACCGAAAAGUGCGACAGCAAAAGAUGUAAAAAAAGCUUAUUAUAAAUUAGCAAAAGAAUAUCACCCUGAUACAACAGAUAAGAAAGAUGCAGCAACAACAAAGAAAUUUCAAGAAGUUUCAGAAGCUUAUGAAGUAUUAAGUGAUGAAACUAAACGGAAAAAUUAUGAUACUUAUGGUAUGGGCGGUGAUCCAUUUAGUUCUGGUCAAGAAUCACAGUCAACUAGUAGUUCUGGUGGUCGACCAACUGGUGCCAGUCAGGGUGGUUUUCGUGGCUAUGAAUAUUAUCAGUCUCAAGUUGAUCCAGAAGAAUUAUUUCGAAGAAUCUUUGGUGAAGCAUUCAGUCGAGGUGGUUUUGCUAAUCAUGAUUGGAUGGAUGAUCCUGAUGAGAAUAAAUUGGGUAAACAAGGUAUAACUCAAUUGGCCCUUGAUUUAACAUUUCAAGAAGCAGUUCGUGGUUGCAAUAAAGAUGUUAAUGUACGCGUUGUUGAUGCAUGUCCAACGUGUAGAGGCACUCGAUGUGCUGUUGGUACUCAACCGCAACCUUGCCGAACAUGUAAUGGGUCAGGAAUGGAAACAAUCGAAACUGGUCCAUUCUUUCUACGUGCUACUUGUCGAACAUGUCAUGGUCGACGGGAAACAAUUGCAAAACCAUGCUAUGAAUGUUCAGGAAAAGGACAAACUAUACAAAAAAAAUUCAUAACGAUACCAAUUCCAGCCGGUGUGGAAGAUGGACAAUCAAUGAGAGUUAAUCUCGGUGUAUCGGAAAUAUUUGUCACAUUUCGUGUUAAACCAAGUGACCGAUUUCGAAGAGAAGGAGAGGAUAUUCAUAGUGAUAUAGACAUUUCUAUUAGUAUGGCAGCACUUGGUGGAAAAGUGAAAGUACCAGGCAUAUAUGAAGAUCAUGCCUUAGACAUCCCAUCUGGUACGCAAUCUCAUCAACGUUUUCGUCUAAUUGGCAAAGGUGUUAAACGACUCAAUGGUCAAGGAACCGGUGAUCAUUAUGUUCAUGUUAAAAUAAAAAUUCCCAUACGAUUAACACCGGAACAAAAAGCGUUAAUGUUAUCUUUUGCUGAACUUGAUAAAAAUAAAGAUGGGACAGUUAAUGGUUCAUCUAAGACGGCAUCAGAAGAGAAACCAAAAGAAAAAGAUGGAUUUUUACAAAAGCUUAAACGAGCGAUUUUCGAUUAA